AUGCCUAAGAAACGCAGCAAGACCCCCUCUGGUAGACACCUUAUCGGCCUCGACAUCUUCCCGAACGAGAUUCUUUCCAAAAUCAUCUCGGAUGUGUCAGAUGUGGAUGCAAUCCUGUUGGGACUCACAUCUCGCAGGUACUACGCCUUGAUAUUGCACGCUUUCAAGGUCAGCAAGUUGUCCGAUAUCCUCCCGCACCCCUCGAAAGCUCACUUGGGUGAUGGGUGGGGUGGAGAGGAAGGCACGCUCAAUUCCCACUAUGGGUCCCUGAUGAAAGCGCUCUACACGUGGGUACCUCGUGAUUACAUCUACUGCGAUCAGAUUUUCCAAUACAGAAUGAUGGAGAGCCUUCUUUCACACGACCCUUAUGUAGGACACUGGCACCAUAGACCAGCACAUUGCGGUUGCUUGCGGUCUCUCGCCAUCCGGAGAGAUUCUUUCACGGGAACUCCUAUCCAAAGCCGAGCCAAAGCCAUUCUGGCAACGAUACAAAAGCAGAACAAGGCGCGUGAGGCUAAGGCUGCGAAGCUUGCGAGAAGUCUUGGUGUCAAGCGCGGUAAAGCACGCAGUGACGACUGGGCCGGCGACGAACGAGAAUUUUUUGUCUACAUCGCAUUCCAUUACGAGGACUGCGGAUGGGUAGCCCGUUACCGCCACACGCAGGCGAGUUGGGCGUUACCGGCGACCGCCCUGGACGUUGGUUAA